CCGACGGCGCUACUACGACUGCGUAUUGUUCACGAUGUUACGCACUUGGUUCGUGUUGUUACCGCUACUCCUCGAGGCGAUCCAUCCACUUCUGGGAAACGGAGACGGGCUAGUGCUUCUCUAUCCGCAGUCCACCGUCUUUCAGUUUACGAUAGGGAUGUCUAUGCCAGUAGCGACGAACAAAAGGGGCAGCAUUGUGUUCUCCUCGGGCUUUCAAUUCAAUUACGUAUUACCGUGGAACUUGACCCAAUUUGAACCUACGGUCGUGCACGCACGGGCAUCGCCACAAGCGCAGCCGUUACGUUUGGAGAAUAUUUAUAUGGUACUGGAGGAUGUACUCGAGAAGAACGGCUGGAGUGACGGGCAGGAGUGCGUUUUAAGGACGAUUUGCGAGCUGGCCGAAGCGCCUCUUGCCAGGAGCGGCGGAGACGUCGUUGAGGAAAUCAUCCACUUGCUGUUAACGCCUUCCGAAGAUUCGGGGGAGGACGAUUAUCCGAGCCGACGGAGCGAGAUCAAGCGGUACGAGGAAGCCGAGAUCCUUGGCAGGAGUGGCACUGGAUGCGGACAGGCUUACGGGGGCUGCAGCCGGCUACCCCUCGACUCCAUCACCAGACUCCUCGCAUUUGAAAGCUGAAAAUUCCGAGCUUUACGCCGCCUUCCAUCCGCACCUUCAGCCUUCGCGAAUACGGGAUAAGCCCGAGCAGCGAUUGUGUACAAAAAAUGAUUCGUCAUG